CCGUUCCCAUGUGAACCGCUGACCAUGCUGAAGCAGAAUCUCGCGAUUCUGGGAAACUGAUGUGCAAGCAUUCUUAUCUUCAUGGGAAGAAUACUUUUGUAAUUCAGUUAUAAUUUUGCUCUCAUACUGUUAACAUCAAUUUUUGUUAAUAAAAUUAAUUUUUAAAAAAGGACUUUGACAUCCGAAAGUUAUAUUUGGCGCAGUCGGUAGGAUACUCGAAAUUGAACGUAUCGAACGUGCAGUUUUCGUUUCAACGAUUUAUCGGGUAUCGAACUUGUUGUUUUGUCUUGUGGAGGUGUUUGUGAAGGAGUGGCUCUUCAAACCUCAAGAAACCCAAUCCAUCGUGGACCUUUAGCUACCCUCAACAGGCAGAUCAUCGGGGAGUGGAACAGAAUCGUCCAGUCUCGCAAGGAAGUCUUUCUGGAAAUCAAAAAUCGAGGAACCAGUCGUCUACCUUAUAAAGGAUGCUCAAAGUUCUUACAAUUUUAAUGUAAGUCGUAAUUUUUAAAUGUCUAUUGAUAACUUAUCUCAAAUUCUUGGAAAGUUAAAUUUGAAUAACGAAAACCCUUCAGCUGACUCUUCAGUUUCUUUGCCUAAUUCUUCUAGUAGUUCAAAUAUAAUAAUGGCUAAUCAAUUCAACUCAGAAUACCUUAGGUGUGUGCCUGAAUUCGACGGCAACCCUAAUGAUUUAAAUAGAUAUCUAGCAGUUUGUGAUUCAAUAAUUAAUACUUUUUAUAAUGUGGCUGAGCCGACAAGCUUUCAAAAUGUUUAUUUGCUGAACUGUCUCAUUUCAAAAUUAUCAGGCAAUGCUAAAGUAGUAGCCAAUAUACAGAAUGUUUCAAAUUGGAGAGAACUCAAAGAUACAUUAACCAGAAACUUUGCCGAUCAAAGGGAUGAAACUUGCCUAAACAGAGACAUGGUUAUGCUUAGGCAAUCCCCUAAUGAAAAGCCUCAACAGUUCUAUGAUAGGUGUUUAAAUAUAUUGAACCUAUUGUGCAAUUAUAUCGACGUUCACGAAAUCACACAAGAAUCUAAAAGGUGUAAAAGAGAUUUAUAUAGCAAUUUGGCAUUGAAAACCUUUCUUUCUGGGCUCAAGGAACCCUUGGGUACUACAAUACGUUGUAUGCAACCCAAAUCUCUCAGUGAAGCAUUGCAGUUUGUUUUACAGGAAGACAAUGUACAUUACUUCCAAAAUUUCUCAAAUAAGAAUACAUUUAGACCAAACUUUCAACCUUCUAGAACACCAAUUCAGAUCAGACAGCCAAAUUCUUCUCCUGUCAAUAAUUAUAGUACACCAAAUAACUUUUUCAGACAGCAAAAUCAAUUUCCUUCACAACCAAUACCAAUUCAGCCACGAGCACCAAGCCAACCCCAAAAAUUCUUUACCAACGCGCAAGUUUUUAGACAACCAUUUCAAAACAGAAAUGUUUUCAGGCCCAAUCAGAAUCAGAACUUCACAAAACCUACACCCAUGAGUGUAUCCACCAGAAAUACAUAUCAAACAAAUAAACCAGUACCAAUGAGUGUUUCGACAAGAAACGCCCCUAAUUAUCGAUCAGGUCCCUCAAACUCAUUUCAAAACCAACCCCAAAGAAAUUUUAUAUCAGAGGAAUUAUUUAAUACGGUAGUUAGUGACAC